CCGUUCAGUCGGCCACCGGUUGUGGGAUCAGCCGUGCCGCCACGGUGAAGACGGAGUUUGUCCGAGAGGACAAACGCCGCCAUCGCUAGCAGUGCAAUGAGUAGGACAGCUAUGGCGACCCGCUUUGCAGCCAGCGCUGCGCUAAGAGGCGUGGGAAACCUUCGGCGUCAUCGAACUGCAGCCGACGCGGCUGUGGCUAUGGCCUCGUCUUCCUCAUGCUGUGCUUCCACGUGGCACGAUGCGGGAUGCCGUCCCUCUUCCUCGUCGCCUUGCCCUUCCUGCCCUUCAUUACCGCCCUGCCCUCCCUCCUCCUCUUCCUCCUCCUCCUCUUCCUCCCCUUCAACUAUCCGCUGGAGAAUAGCAUCACCAGGAAGAUCAACCAGCCGCGCUCAGCUGUUUCAUGGGAGGGGAGCAGGUCUUAGCACGCGGCCCGUCAGCCGUAGAUCGCGCUCAUCGUGCUGUGUGGAGCGGGCAGGAUGGAUGGACGAGCGCCGGUGCCUUGGGUGGGGUUCAAGAACGUCGGCGGGGCUCGGGGAAGCGGCGGGGCUCGGGCUCGGGGGAAGGUGCAGGAGAAGGAGCGUAGUCACCAUCUCCAGCAGCGGCGGCGGGCUGCGCUCGCGAGCGCAAGGGCAAGGGGUAGCCGCCGAAGCUUCGGUCAUAGAGACGGAUUUGAAGGGGAGGGAAGGGAGAGGAAAAGAAGGAAGGGAUAAGGGGGCGGGAGGAAAUAAGGGGGGGUCGGGAGCGGGAGGCGCUGGGGAGGCUGGCAAGAUCUGCCCUCGCGAUGAAGACUUCAGCAGAUGGUAUUUGGACGUUAUCCGCGAGGCGGAGCUCGCCGACUACGGGCCCGUUCGAGGCACGAUGGUCAUCAGACCGUACGGCUACGCCAUUUGGGAAGGUAUUCAGUCAUGGCUGGAUAAAAAGUUCAAAGAAACAGGCCAUUCAAACAUGUAUUUUCCACAGUUCAUACCGUAUUCAUUUAUUGAGAAAGAGGCAAGCCAUGUGGAGGGCUUCAGCCCAGAGCUUGCACUUGUCACUGUUGGAGGGGGAAAGGAGCUAGAAGAGAAGUUGGUGGUACGGCCGACAAGUGAGACUAUCGUGAACUACAUGUUUGCUCAAUGGGUUCAAAGCUACAGGGACCUGCCUCUCCUGAUUAACCAGUGGGCAAAUGUCACACGGUGGGAGAUGCGGACAAGACCAUUUGUCAGGACACUAGAGUUUCUGUGGCAAGAGGGUCAUACUGCGCAUACAACACUAGAGGAAGCAGAGGAAGAGGCCCUCCGAAUGAUCAGGGUUUACGAGGAGUUUGCUGUACAGCAUGCAGCAAUACCAGUGGUGGUGGGACGGAAAUCCCGCAUGGAAACAUUUGCUGGUGCCCUUUGCACAUAUACAAUUGAGGCAAUGAUGGGAGAUCGAAAGGCGCUGCAGGCCGGGACAAGUCACAACCUCGCUCAGAACUUUGCUAAGGCAUUCGGAACGCAGUUUUUGGACGAAAAUGGGGAGCGGCAAUUCGUUUGGCAGACGUCAUGGGGGAUGAGCACCAGGAUGGUUGGCGGCGUGAUCAUGACACAUGGUGAUGAUGCGGGCCUCAUGCUGCCUCCUCGUCUUGCACCUAUCCAGGUUGUGAUUGUUCCAAUCUGGAAGAAGGAUGAGGAGAAGGAGGUGGUCCUGUCGGUUGGACGGCAAGUGGAGGGAAUUCUGAAACAGGCAGGGGUUAGGGCCAUGUUGGAUGCGUCGGAACAGCGGACGCCGGGCUGGAAGUUCAAUUUUUGGGAGAUGAAGGUAUCCAGAAGAUUCCAGUCCCGACUGAGAAAAGGUACCGCAUAUCUGCAUCCAGGCCGUCGAGAUCGGGCAAAUCUGAAGCGUCAACAGUGCCUCGACACCAUCAAAGGGGAGAUUGGUCCAUGCCAGAACAUCGUCGAGGUCUCUUCUUAUGAGGAGUUGAAGGCGGUUAUUGCUGAAGGCAAGUGGGCGAAAGGACCUUGGGCUGGGAGCGAUGCUAACGAGGCAGCAGUGAAGGAAGAGACUGGUGCAACCAUUCGCUGCUUUCCGUUCGAUCAGCCGGAGAGCAAGACGGCAAUGAAAUGCCUAUUCACGAGUGCGCCUGCGAAGGAAGUCGCAAUUUUUGCCAAGAGCUACUGAACGAUGCUUUCUAUCAUCCAAUUUUGAAAACCUAUUAUUUGUAAUCUAUUUGAAAAUUGAAAAAUGGUAAUAAAAAUUUUGAAAUAUA